CAUCCUUCGAUUUCCUCUCUUCUCGUUUAAUAUUAUUGGGUUUUAUCUCAUAUUUUUUGGUUUUUGAGGGGUUUCGGCUUCUUUUUUAUAUACUUUUGCUUUAGGGGUCAUUCCAUUUCUGUCUUCCCAACUUAUAUUGUCAUAUUCUGUCCGUGCGAUACAGUGCUUCUGAUUUUGUUUCUGUUAGUUUUGAUGGGUUGUUAAUGUCUUUUGGGUUGGUGUGCCGUCGAGUACCAAAAUCAUGGUUUUUGAUGAGCAGGGCAACGAGGAAGUUUCAGAGACGAAAACAACGGCAAAAGAAUCUCCUCAUGAAGAAGAACAUCAACCUGAUGCGCCUAAAACUGGUGGGACGAGCAGAGAAAUGAGUGAUGCAAACGAGGAAGAGGAAGAGGAUGAAGAAAGGAAGAUAGAGCUGGGUCCUCAGUACACUCUCAAAGAACAACUUGAAAAGGAUAAGGAUGAUGAGAGCUUGAGAAGGUGGAAGGAACAGCUUCUUGGAAGUGUGGAUUUUAAUUCUGUUGGAGAAACUCUAGAUCCAGAAGUGAAGAUCCUGAGCCUUGCCAUCAAAUCCUCUGGUAGACCUGAUAUUGUUCUUUCAAUUCCUGAGGAUGGAAAUCUGAAAGGCGUAUGGUUCACCUUAAAAGAAGGAAGCCGCUAUAGCCUGCAGUUCACUUUUCAUGUUGGGCAUAACAUUGUAUCUGGUCUCAAGUACACUAACACAGUUUGGAAAACUGGUGUGAAGGUGGAUAGCACCAAGGAGAUGUUAGGAACUUUCAGUCCCCAGGCUGAACCUUACACACAUGAGAUGCCUGAGGAAACUACUCCAUCUGGUAUUUUUGCCAAAGGAUCUUACUCAGCUAAAAGUCGGUUUGUUGAUGAUGACAACAAGUGCUAUUUGGAGAUCAACUAUACAUUUGAUAUCCGUAAAGAAUGGCAGCCAAUUGAAACAUCUUGA